AUGGCUUUGGCACCUUCAGAGAGCCUCGAAUGGUCUCUAACAGUUCCAAGUGUUCAAGAGCUUGCAAUCCAAAAGCUUGAUAAGGUGCCACUUAGAUAUGUAAGGGAUGACUUGGGCCAGACUACUCCUUCCAAUCCUUCUCUUCGUGUACCUUUGAUUGAUAUGAACAAGUUGGUCAACCCAGAAUUCCGUGAAAAAGAGCUCCAAAAGCUUCGCUUUGCAUGUCAAGAAUGGGGAGUUUUCCAGAUAAUAAACCAUGGAGUUCUUGAUGAAUCACUAAGCAAAAUGAGACAGCAAGUUCAAGAGUUCUUUGACCUUCCUUUGCAAGAGAAGAAACGUUGGGCUCAAAAACCAGGAAGUCUCGAAGGUUAUGGUCAGGCAUUUGUGACUUCAGAGGAACAGAAGUUGGAGUGGAAUGACAUGAUCUUCCUCAAAACUCUUCCCCUUCAAGAUAGAAGUUUGAAUUUCUGGCCAGAAAACCCUCAAGAGUUCAGAAAAACUCUGGAAUCUUAUUCUGAAGAUAUGAGGAAUGUGGCAGUUUCUAUUGUAAGGUUCAUAACCAUGGGGCUUGGACUUGAGGCUCAAAAAUUUGGUGACACUUAUAAAGAAGGAAUGUACCAAAUAAGGAUGAAUUGCUAUCCUCCUUGUCCUGAACCUGAACGUGUUAUUGGGCUUAAUCCACAUGCUGACAUCUCCGGGAUAACUCUCUUACUUGAGUGUGGCGACAUGCCAGGAUUGCAGGUUUUAAAAGAUGAACACUGGGUUAAUGUUGAACCUGUCAAUGGUGCCAUGGUUGUAAACCUUGGCCAUGUCAUGGAGAUUAUAAGCAAUGGAAAUUACAAAGCCCCAGAUCAUAGAGCAGUGGUGAAUAAUUCAAAACAAAGGCUGUCAAUCGUUACUUUCUGCUAUCCCAAUUCGUCAGUGGAUAUUGGACCAGCUGAGAAGCUUAUCAAGCCAGGAAGCCCACCUGUAUACAAGACCCUAACAAAUGCAGAGUAUUUUCAUAGCUUUAACAAUCGAAAGCUUGAAGAUUCAUUCAUUGACAGCUUGAAAAUCUAA